UCACUCCCAUGGAAAAGAUCCACAAGCUGAAAACGAAGAUUGUACAACAUGUGGAAAGCCAGAGUGACCACUGGCACCCGGGUCUGCUGGUCCUAAUAAGGGACCUAGAGGACAUGAACAAGAUAACCAUGACGCUGUGGCUCGUGCACAGGAUCAAGCACCACAAAAAUUCAGAGAGGUGGAUCUGGAGAGCUGUCCUGAUUGAAAACUUGAUCGAGACAUCAGACAGGACGAUCAAGAGAAACUAAUUCAUGGAGGCAAGGCAUGAUUCCUGCCGCGUUCGAAAACAAUUAAAUGAAGGCGUGAUCUGUUGAAUCGAGACCGAUCAGACAUUGACAUAAUAACUGUAACCUGACUGUGGAUAAUACUAACUUUUUAACGGGCAUCCAUUGACUUUAAUCCAACAGUUUGUCCUUCAGCUAUAGAAAGAACCUGAAGUUACAUAUUUUCCUCCAAAUGAAUGUCGUGAAUUGCGGGAGCCCAUGAUGUAUAUGAGUUGACUUUUUGCCGUUUGUUGUUUUUUGUUCUGGAUGUUUGAACCUCAGUGAUGGAACAUGAUAACGAAACGCUCUCCUUCAUUGGUGCUGUUUCCAAUCUCUCCCGCGUUUACUUCAAAACCCAGAACUGCAAUCGCCCAUUGAGGGCUCGAAGCACUCUCUCGUGCGCACCGCCCUGCCAGAUCCAUUCUUGUUCUGAUGCAGACUCGCUUGUGUCGUUAGUGGGCUGUGAGGAACGCUCGGAGAAGUUGUUUGAGGAAAUUUCCGAGAAAGAUUUAGUGUCAUGGAAUUCUUUGAUUUCUGGGUUUUUGCAUAAAGGGUGCCUGAAGUGUUUAUAUGCAUUUCAUAGGAUGAGAAAUGAGACUUCUAUGAACCCCAAUGAGGUUACUCUCCUAUCAGUCAUCUCAUCUUGUGCUGAUGUGAAAGCUCUGGAUGAAGGCAGGUCCAUUCAUGGGCUCUCGGAACGAUUAGGCAUGUCGACGGAGGUAAAGGUUGUUCAUUCUCUGAUUAACAUGUAUGGAAAAUGUGGGAAACUGGCUGCCGCUUGUCAUUUGUUUUUAAUAAUGCCUAUAAGGAGCUUAGUUUCAUGGAAUUCGAUAAUUGCUGUGCAUGCUGAAAACGAGUCACCAAUGGGAGGGGUCAGUUGUUUUAAAUUAAUGAGAAGGAAUGGAAUUCAACCUGAUGAUGCCACUCUGGUGGCAUUACUUCAAGCAUGUGAAAGUGUAGGUUCUAUUAGACUAGUAGAGUCUGUUCACUGCAUAAUAUGUCGCCAUGGGUUCUAUGGACGGAUGUCGACUGUGACUUCUCUUUUGGAUUUGUAUGCUAAGUCUGGGAGGUUGGAUGCCUUACACCGAGUUUUCCUUGAGGUAAGAAAUCCAGAUAGUAUAGCCUGGACUGCAAUGCUUGCCAGCUUUGCAGCUCAUGGAUAUGGGUCGGAAGCAGUCACUCUCUUUGAGCUCAUGGUUAAGAAAGGUAUGAAGCCUGAUCAUGUCACAUUUACUCACCUAUUACAUGCUUGUAGCCAUUCAGGCUUGGAUGCGUAUGAGCUGAUCAAAAGCAUGCCGGUGGAGCCUAAUUCUGGGGUCUGGGGUGCUCUUCUCGGUACAUGCAGAAUUUACGGAGACGCUGAAUUUGGAAAGGAAGCUGCAGAGCACUUGAUUAAUCUGAACCCUUCGGAUGCAAGAAAUUAUAUUGUGCUCUCAAAUAUAUACUCAGCGGUCGGUCUUUGGAAAGAUGCUUCAGAAAUGAGAGCAUUAAUGAAGGAAAAUUGUCCAGCUAGAUUGCCUGGAUGUAGUUAUGUUGAACAUGGAAAUAAGAUCCAUCAAUUUGUUGUGGGCGACCGGUCUCAUCCAUUGUCACAUAGGAUAUACACCAAAUUGAUAGAACUGAUCAGGAAGAUUCGCUAG